UCUGGGUCUUGUGCAGUUUUCCCAUGAGAUGAACUCUGAAUCCACGCAUGCUAAAGCCUAUGCUAGUGUUGUUGGGGCCUUCACUUUCAGUGGUAAGAUGAACUCCAAGCCCAAUUUAGCCUAUGCUGCUUGGAAACAACAUCGAAGCCGAGGUAAUGUGAUGUGUGCGUUGCAUGAAAUGACGAACCCAAAGAAGCGGUUAUUUUUCAAAGAUGAGCCCAGUGGAAGUGAAGUUGAAGCCCUCAAGUUGUACGCAAUGGCUCUAUCAGAGGAAGAUCCAGAACGAGCUGUAGAAAUAAUGCGCAAUGAAUGCGAAUACUGGAAGGAAAGAAAAGCAGAACGUUAUCUGUUAAUGGCGCUCAUUGAAUUGCUCUUGUCUCAGUGGAAAUACCAAGAAGCGAAAGAGGACAUUGAGAAGCUAAUGGAGCAUAUUGAAAAAAAAGGUUGGGCGUUCGAUCUGCCGCCGGAAAAAGUUUAUUUUCUCAAGUUUUAUGCAAUGGCUCUAUCAAAGGAAGAUCCAGACGGAGCUGAAGAAAUCAUGCGAAAUGCAUGCCGAUGGUGGGCGGGCACAGAAGCAGAAGGUAAUCUGUUAAUGGCGCUCAUUGAGUUGCUCUUGUCUCAGGAGAAAUACCAAGAAGCGAAAAAAAUCACUCAGAACCUAAUGGAGGAUAUGGCCGGUGUGCUGCCGAAAAAAGUUUAUUUUCUCAAGGCUAUUGCAGAAUCUGCAACUGACAUUGAAAAGGCGGCAGCAUCCUGGGCAGAAUACCACGACGCUUUGGAGGAGACUUCACCGUCUGACUUUCCACGUCCCUGGAGGAUAUAAAAUUCAAAUGUCAUACAUCACAAGUUCAUAUGUGCUUUUCCUUUUUACAUUAUGAUUUAUUAAUGUGAUAAAUAUCAUUAAUAUUUUUAUUUGGGGGGCCUGUUGGUUUUUUUUUAUUAAAAAAAAAUGGAGAGAAAGGGUGAUUGAAACAUUGCUUCAGUCACAGAUAAAUAUAAUGCACUUUGCUUCGUGAGUGUAUGAUAUGAUCAUUAUUG